GGAGGGAGGAGCCGCCGCGCGCUCAGCAGCGAGGCUUAAAGAAUCACAAUAAUAACACUUCCCCCCAAAAAAAUCGUACAAAAAGGGCGAGCGAUCGCAGGUGAUCGAGGCGAGCGAUCCUGGGGGAAGGCGAGGCCGGGCGCUGGAGGCAGAGGGCGGGGCCUGGCUCAGGGAAACCCGAGUGGAGAGAAAGUAACUUUGCAAGGCGCGGCAUGGCAGCGGCAGUAGCGGAACGCCCGGGCAGGCUCUGCGGACGGGAGCCGCGGCUGUGAGCGCGCAAGCGGAGAGGGCUGCUCGCGGGGCCAAGCGGAAGGUGCCCGGCUGGGCUUGGCUCGGACGAGUCCUUUCCUGCGAGAUCGCGGCAGGCUGAGACCGAGGGACUUGGAGAGAGAAAAAACGCCCCGGGUUUUUAUAAUUUAAUUUAAUUUAAUUUAAUUAUUAUUACAAUCCGGGUUGCGCGAUUUGGCUUUGGAGUAGGUGGGAACCUGCGGCCGGCUUUCCUCUUUUCAUCGUCGUCCAGCCGGAUCAGGCUUCCUCCUCCUCCUCCUCCGGAGCCGGUCCGGUAACCGGGCAGCGUUCAAGGGAUCGGGCGGGCGCCGCCGGAGCGCACAGCCAGGCGAGGCGAGCGGGCGCCGGAGCGCUCCAGCCGCGCGUCAUGGAGAGCGCGCACAGCUCGACGGCCGAGGAGGUGCUGCGGCGCUUCGGCGUGCGCGAAAGCUGCGGGCUGAGCGCGGAGCAGGUGCGGCGGAACCGGGAGAAGUACGGCGCCAACGAACUCCCUGCUGAAGAAGGAAAAUCGCUCCUGGAGCUGAUAUUAGAGCAGUUUGAAGACCUCCUAGUUCGGAUCCUCCUCUUGGCUGCCUUCGUUUCCUUCAUCCUGGCCUGGUUUGAGGAAGGGGAAGAAACAGUGACGGCUUUCGUGGAACCCAUCGUCAUUAUCAUGAUCCUCCUUGCCAAUGCAGUGGUGGGAGUGUGGCAGGAGAGGAAUGCAGAGAGUGCGAUUGAAGCCUUGAAGGAAUAUGAACCAGAAAUGGGGAAGGUGAUCAGGGCAGAUAGGAACGGAGUUCAACGGAUCCGAGCACGCGACAUUGUCCCAGGAGAUAUUGUAGAGGUGGCAGUUGGUGACAAGGUGCCUGCCGAUAUCCGGAUCAUUGAGAUCAAGUCAACGACGUUACGAGUAGACCAGUCCAUUCUCACUGGUGAAUCUGUUUCUGUCAUCAAACACACAGAUCCAGUCCCUGACCCCAGGGCUGUCAACCAGGAUAAAAAGAACAUGCUUUUUUCUGGUACCAACAUUGCUGCAGGAAAAGCGGUUGGCGUUGUCAUUGCCACGGGAGUGUACACCGAAAUCGGGAAGAUCAGGAACCAGAUGGUCGCUACCGAGCCUGAGAAAACCCCCCUGCAGCAGAAGUUGGACGAAUUCAGCCAGCAGCUCUCAAAAGUCAUCUCCCUGGUCUGCAUCGCCGUUUGGGUCAUCAACAUCAGCCACUUCAGUGACCCCGUGCACGGCGGCUCCUGGUUCCGUGGGGCGAUAUAUUACUUCAAGAUUGCCGUGGCCUUGGCUGUGGCGGCAAUUCCCGAAGGGCUUCCGGCGGUCAUCACCACCUGCCUGGCGCUGGGCACCCGCCGGAUGGCCAAGAAGAACGCCAUCGUGAGGAGCCUCCCUUCUGUGGAGACCCUUGGCUGCACGUCGGUCAUUUGCUCUGACAAGACGGGCACUUUGACGACCAAUCAGAUGUCCGUCUUCAGGAUGUUCAUUGUUGAGAAGAUAGAAGGAAUCCAUUGCAGCCUGCAUGAGUUCACCAUCUCCGGGUCUACGUACACACCGGAGGGACAAAUCUUCAAGAAUGACAGGCCUGUUCGCUGUGGACAGUAUGACGGCCUGGUGGAACUCGCCACAAUUUGUGCCCUUUGCAACGACUCCUCCCUAGAUUACAAUGAGUCCAAGAAAGUCUACGAAAAAGUGGGCGAAGCCACAGAAACGGCCUUGACAUGCCUAGUGGAGAAGAUGAACGUUUUCGACACAGAUACCAGCAGCCUCUCCAAAGUCGAGAGGGCGAACGCAUGCAAUACAGUGAUCAAGCAGCUGAUGAAGAAGGAGUGCACCCUUGAAUUUUCCCGCGACCGCAAGUCCAUGUCGGUUUACUGCACGCCAGUGCCAACCAACCACAACUCUUCUGGCAGCAAGCUCUUUGUCAAGGGCGCCCCAGAGAGUGUCAUUGAGCGCUGCAACUAUGUCCGUGUCGGCAGCACCCGGGUUGCCCUGACUCUCUCCACCAAGGAGAAGAUACUCUCCAAGAUCCGGGAGUGGGGCACUGGCAUCGACACCCUGCGCUGCCUCGCAUUGGCCACAAGAGACCACCCUCCCCGGAAGGAGGAUAUGCGCCUGGAUGAUUCCAGCCAGUUCAUCAACUACGAGACCAACCUGACCUUCGUGGGUUGCGUGGGGAUGCUGGACCCUCCUCGGAAGGAAGUGAUGCUGUCCAUCGAGAUGUGCGAGAAAGCCGGCAUCCGGGUCAUCAUGAUCACUGGUGACAACAAGGGGACGGCCGUGGCCAUCUGCCGGAGGAUUGGGAUCUUCUCGGAGAGCGAAGAGGUGGCGGACAAAGCCUACACGGGGAGGGAAUUCGACGACCUCUCGCCAGAGGACCAGAGCAACGCCUGCCGCUCUGCUCGCUGCUUUGCCCGCGUGGAGCCUGCCCACAAGUCCAAGAUAGUGGAGUACCUGCAGUCGUUCAACGAAAUCACAGCUAUGACCGGCGACGGAGUGAACGAUGCCCCUGCGUUGAAGAAAGCCGAAAUCGGCAUUGCCAUGGGUUCCGGCACAGCGGUGGCAAAGUCAGCGGCGGAAAUGGUCUUGUCCGACGACAACUUCUCCACCAUCGUCGCAGCUGUGGAGGAGGGCCGCGCCAUCUACAACAACAUGAAGCAGUUCAUCCGCUACCUCAUUUCCUCCAACGUUGGAGAAGUGGUCUGUAUCUUCCUGACAGCCAUCCUGGGCCUCCCCGAAGCGUUGAUCCCAGUCCAGCUGCUUUGGGUCAACCUGGUGACCGAUGGGCUGCCAGCGACGGCUCUGGGCUUCAAUCCACCUGACCUUGACAUCAUGGACAAGCUGCCGCGGAAUCCCAGGGAGCCUCUGAUCAGCGGGUGGCUCUUCUUCCGCUACCUUGCCAUUGGAGUGUAUGUUGGCUUUGCCACUGUGGGUUCAGCUACCUGGUGGUUCUUGUAUGACCCCGAAGGACCACAAGUUACCUUCCACCAGCUGAGGAACUUCAUGCGAUGCACAGAGGACAACCCCAUCUUCGAAGGCGUCGACUGUGAAAUUUUUGAAUCGCGUUACCCGACCACCAUGGCGCUCUCUGUGCUGGUGACCAUUGAGAUGUUAAAUGCACUCAACAGUGUGUCUGAAAACCAGUCGCUGCUCAGGAUGCCUCCUUGGCUGAACCUCUGGCUCCUGGGGGCCAUUGUCAUGUCCAUGGCUCUGCACUUCCUGAUCCUCUACAUGAAGCCAUUGCCUCUGAUCUUCCAGGUGACACCACUUAGCUGGCCCCAGUGGGUAACGGUGCUGAAAAUCUCCUUGCCGGUUAUCCUGCUGGAUGAAGGACUCAAGUACCUUUCCCGCAAUCAUUUAGAUGGCAGAGAUGCGAAGAAAUGAAACGACACCAAAAGGAACUCAAUUUCUCCGCAAUUGAACCCUCAGCUCCUAACUGGGACUGAAGAGUCUGCAUGCCUGAACAUCACCAGAAGCCAACGAGGAAUAUGCAUGCUUUUGAAAAAGUGUCGGACUUAAUGCGGUUGAAUCGUUAAAGAAAAGGAAAAAACAACAACAACCUGACUUUAUUUUUAGUUUUGUUUUUACUCUUGUUACAUAGCUUCCCCUUCCACCCUUGUACAUAGUGGUGCAAAGACUGGACAGCUAAAUUAUGGCUUAGGGUGUAGAAUUUUGCAAUGUCGUGGAGACAGGAGAGCCUAGAUCCUUAAAGGUCUGCUUCUUCAAAAUGCAAUCUUUUUUCCUAUAAUUUUCUCUUCUUCCCCACCCUCCAAAUCUUCAGUGCCCUAAAAACCUGUAUUUUUCUGUCUCAGAAAGGAAGUGAGCUUGUGGUAGUUUUGGGGAGAGUUCUUGACAGACACCACCCCUGCUCAGGAAGAGGUAGCAUUAAGUGCUCCCUUGAUGCUCUGACUUAAUUUAACUCUCACCUGAAACCCAUAAAGAAAAAUCACACAAAUCGUUUUGGAGAUUUUUCCCCCCUACCCCAAGCUACAUUCCAGUGUAUCUCAAGGUAGUCAAAUACCCCUAAAUCCAAUCAAUAAUGCGCUAUCAGAAGAAGAUUUUUUUAUGUAUUUAUUUUAUAAAUUUGCAUGCUAUGAAUUAAAUGUGGGGGAAAUCAUAUCUAGGCAAUGCAGAUAACAAAAUUGGCUUAACAUAAUCUGUUUUAAAGCCAUUGAAAGUCAUAUCAGCCCAAGGACUGGGCCAUACGUCUGGGAAAGCUUGAGUAAAUAAGGAUGUUUUAAGUUCUUAAGGAAUCUGUUUCCUUUGAUCAGUUUUUGUUGAAAAAUGCUGUGGGAAAUUUUUGUUACUAACAUUGUCUGGGACUAAAAAAGAAGGAAACAAUCCUAGUAGCAAAAAUAAAUCAUUUUCUGGGAUAAA